AUGAAUCGGCUUUUUGGCAAGCCAAAGAACACACCGAAGCCCACAUUAGAGGAUGCCAGCGCCCGCCUCAACGCGCGUAAUGAAGCGGUGGACGCACGCGUGAGCAAGAUCGAUGCGGAGCUACUGAAACUGAAGGAAUGCAUCAUCAAGACACGCGGUGCAACACAGCAGCGGUACAAGCAACGUGCACUUCAGUUACUGCAGCAGAAGCGCUUGUAUCAGAACCAGCAGGAGGUCAUGAUGCAACAGCAGUUCAACAUGGACCAGCUACAGUACACAACGGAGUCGGUGAAGGACACGAAAGUGCAGUUGGAUGCGAUGAAGGACGCGGGCAAAACACUCAAGCACCAGUUCAAGAAGUUCAAGGUAAACGACGUUGAAAAGAUGCAGGACGAACUGCGCGACCUCUACGAGGACACACAGGAGAUCCAGGAAAUCAUGGGCCGCGCGUACGACGUGCCGGAGGACAUCGACGAGGACGAAAUGAUGGGCGAACUGGACGCACUCGCGUUCGACAUGGAGAAGGAGGCCGACACGAGUUAUCUCGCCGACGCGCUCGCAAUGCCGGGCGGGAAGCUGCCUGAGCUGCCGGGUGGCGAGCAACCGCAAAAAGACCAAGAGUCCACCGCCACGACGGAUCCGUACGCACUCGAGGCGCAGCUCGGCCUGUGA